AUGGCAUCGCCGGCACCCCGAAAACGAAAAGAACGCCAGCUGGUCAAAGAUGGAGAAUUAGUAAAGCGUCAGAAACAAAACAACCCUCGAGCCACCCAGAAACAUCUCCCUGCAGGACAUUGGUGGCAGAGAAGAGGUCAUCAAAGAUCUUUUGGAGUUUGUGGCCGUGCCUCUAACUCACCCAGAGCUUUACCUUCAUACUGGAGUGGACUUGCCUCACGGUGUACUUCUCCAUGGACCACCUGGCUGUGGUAAAACUAUGCUAGCAAACGCUAUCGCUAGAGAGUUAGGGCUACCGUUCAUUGCCUUUUCUGCACCCUCAAUCGUGUCGGGGGUACCCGGAGAACCGGAAAUGAAGCUAAGGAAACUUUUUGAGGAAGCACGGGAAAUAGCUCCUUGCUUAAUGUUUAUUGAUGAAAUAGAUGCUAUAACACAGAAGAGGGAGAACACCCAGCGGGAUAUGGAGAGGAGAAUUGUUGCCCAGAUGUUGACCUGUAUGGACGAUCUCACAUUGGAGAAGACUGGUGGGAAACCUGUCAUAAUCAUUGGCGCAACAAACCGACCCGACAGCCUAGAUCCAGCAUUGAGAAGAGCUGGAAGAUUUGAUAAGGAAACUUACCUUGGUGUGCCGGACGAAGUUGGAAGAGAGAAGUGCUACCCCAGAUUACCCCUGAUACCAACUUCCCAAGUAUGUACUAAUUUACUAAUUAUAUCAUGUCUAACAGGAUCUUGAGGAUACUAUGUGAGAAGUUGAGGUUAAUAGGGGGGUUUGACUUCAAAAAAUUGGCCAAGGCAACUGCCGGGUUCGUUGGAGCUGAUCUAAGUGCUUUGGUAAGAGAGGCCAGCAUGGUAGCAACGAGACGAAUCUACGAAAUCCUUGAAAACCCACCAGCCGCUACUGACCCUUUGGAGGUAACAACCAUCGCCCAGUCAGGGUCUCAGAGCUCAAUUCAAUGCUCUCUUAAAGCAUACCCAGAUCAACUUACCGAAAAGCAACCGGAUCCACUCUAUAUAACGUUUCCGGAUUUUUCAACUGCCCUUACGAAAACCCAAUCUUUAGCUAGGAGAGAGGGUUUUGUAACAGUCCCUGAUGUUACCUGGGCAGAUGUUGGGGGCCUGGAGCCACACAAGGCUGAAUUGCAGAUGGCCAUUGUGCUGCCAAUCAAGAAGCGGGAACUUUUUUGCUAG